CUUUUCCACCAUUGUUAAUACAGUGCUAAUUUAGCAAUGUCUAGAAUCUUGCUACUCCUUUAUAUCAUCUAUGGCCUAACGCAAUGCCAAGGCGAGACCCAGCAACUUUGGUUUGUUCACAGCUAUAAGAACCACUAUUUUAUAGAGUAUAUUGGGCAUCGUUCGCUAUAUGACCACAGUGAAGCUAAUGAGCUGUGCGCUCAAUUGGGUAUGUCUUUUAAGCCUGUCAAUUGGCCUAUAGUGCGAUUACAGCCAGUUUUCAUAGGACCGGAACGCUUGGAACACUAUGGAGUUUUCGAACAACGGAACAACAGAGAAAAAAAGAGAGCUUUCAUGUGUAAUGCAAUGUUAAUUGGAGUUAUAAUGGUUUUCAGAAAUGGCUCUUCAAUACACUUGGAUAUAUCCAAAAAUUUGCUGCCCGAUAUCUGCUAUCCUCAGUUUGAGUCCCCUGGAGGGUUUUAUGAGACAAAUCAAAUAUCUCAUUGUUUAUUGUUUCGUAAGAAAUUACAAACUCCAAAUGGGGGCUACUUUUAGAUGCUCCUUCUAGUUUUUCAUCACAACCGAAGAUGUAAUUCAGAGUUUAGAUGAAAUUCGAAAAUUUGCAAUUAAACUUUAUAUGCAAAAUAAAAAGUAAAAGAGUGCUCUACGAAUCUUA